AUGGGUAAACGCGACAUCACCAUCUCCUGGUACGAUCCAAACUCUCACUGCAGACAGCUCGGCAUCAAGGCCCAGAUUGAGUCAACAGUGCUAGCAAAAGCUCCUCUUAGGGUUGUUCACGCCCACAUUAGGUGUGGUUGGCACGAGAGCCCGUCUGAUUACAACACUCAUCUCACUGUGAACUACACCAAGGGCAAUGGACAAAAGCAGACCGUCCAUGUUCGCCGUGACGGAUCUGUGAAAAGCGAUCAACAAAUCCUCGGAACCAUGGGAAGAGGCAGAGGCAAAGGUGACCAAAAGCAAACAAAUUCCGCCCAACUCUCACAAAGAGACCAUGACAACAUCUGGCGAGGCAUCAGAAGAAGCCCAGCGUUCCCAGUCAAUGGAAUCAGCCUGUGGUGGUGCAAGAAGGCCGACUACACGACACAGCCGGAUGUGAAGGCACAGUGUGAGGCAGCUGCGCGAAGGGAUGCUCCUGCUGGAACUACCGAGGCUUGGAUCAAGUGA